AUGUUAGUGGGGGUGGGGUUAGGGUUCAUGUUAAGAACAUCGCCGCCACCACAGUUUGAUAUUCCACCUCUCGCCCAAGCACCGGACACCAACCACAAUACCCUUCAUCCCCUGGCCCCCUACUGACCCACCAGCCUCUAGCCGCGAGCUCGGAGCACAUCAUAAAUGGUAAAUCCCUUGCAUAUCUCUUGCCAAUAAUUAACGGUGUUUAGUCUCAAUCUCUCCGCCCGUACCUGAAAUGUGUUCGCUCCUCCCUCACCGCCGCAAUAACCCUCAGCAACUUCGCUAGCCAGACGGCGGAACGUCACAACGUUCCGGAAGUCGAAGCUGCGAAAUCCCCCGAGGUUCUCCUCAACCCUCUCACCGUGUCCCGAAACGAGAACGAACGCGUAUUGAUAGAACCGAGUGUGAAUUCUAUCCGCGUGAGCAUCAAGAUCAAGCAAGCGGAUGAAAUCGAACAUAUCUUGGUCCAUAAGUUCACCAGGUUCUUGACCCAGAGAGCGGAGAAUUUCUUCAUUCUGAGGAGGAAGGCUGUGAAGGUGUGUUUGGAAUCCUGAUGGCCAUUUGGGAAAACUAUGGACUCAUCCAAGCUUAGGGAUACGAUAUCUCGUUCUUGAUCACCAAUUUCCAUACGGAGGAUAUGCUCAAGCAUAAACUGGUAGAUUUUAUUAUCCAUUUCAUGGAGGAGGUUGAUAAAGAGAUAUCGGAGAUGAAAUUAUUUGUACGGGCCCUUACCAAUUGCUCACUGGCUACACGCUAACUGCCGAGUAGUUGAAUGCGAGAGCUCGUUUCGUCGCGGAAGCCUUUUUGACCCCAGUAGGUCUCAUCUUUGUUCGCGCUGGAUGACCACUGACAAUCAACAGUUUGAUUAAAUGGUACAAAAGUUGUUUCGUUAUUGUUUUUCUUUCUCUCUAGACGGUAGGGCGGGUGUUUGGAAUAUACCAAGAAGGGCGAAUAGUCGACGAACGUCUGUGCCGGUCUUCGAGGGGCCGCGGGAUGUUGUUGGAAUCGCACGCCGAGCUGGUCGGGAGCGUCUGUUUGAGCUGGAAAGUGGUAUUUUGACUAGUAUCCAAUACCGAAUGCAUCAUGCCCCC